AUGCCUCAUUUCAACUCGGGGAAUUAUAAUUUGUCUCCCGGGCAGCUGCCCUGGUCUGCCGAAAUGUCCGAGUGGUUCGUCAGUCAUCACCGAGUCAUUCUCCAACCCCCGAGGCACUCAGUCUCCUAUGGAGGCUCCGAGGCUCGGUUGGCCAAGAACAUCUUCGUCGUCCGGAGCUGGGACGCCCAGGACCCGCCGCGCGAACCCUUGGCCAUCCGUGAGGACCUCGCAGGCAACAUUGCCUGGCACACCAUCUCACAGCAGCCGCUCUCCGAACCCAGAAUCGAGUCUAUUAGCUUACAUGUCGACGUUUUGGAGCGCUGGCAGCGGGGAUGGAUCAAGUGGCAUGAGCAGCACGCCAGUCCUGACGAUGACGACUGUAUCUAUGGAGAGCUGCCGGGCGACGACGACGUUUACCAUUCAGAGGGCAGCAGCAGCAAAGGAGAAGAACAAGACGAUGAAAACGACGAUGGAGAGCUCUCGUACUGCUGCGACACUGACCGGUCAAAACGAGGCCUGCCUCUCGUUAUCGAGGCGUUCAACAAGGAAUACACCACGAUCCACGACUACGUCUCAACGCUGCACCCGUGGCUGAUGGGGUCACGGCAGGACAUCUCGCGGACUAAUAACCUGAUGGGCGACAGGACGUCCGGGGAGUGUGAGAGCCUGGUGGUGGAUGUGGCCAACCUGGACUAUUUGAGCACCAUGGACCAGAAGCGCUUUCCUCGUUCCGGAUACACUGGUACCCGAUUCUGUCUUCGGGCAUGA